AUGUCUACAGAGCCGUUGAUAGGGAAUUCAAAUUUCGAGGAGGGAAAGGGUGGAGGUACAAAUGUUAGCAAUACCACAAACAAUAAUAGUAAUAAUAAGAAUGAUAAUAACGGUCCUUUGAACAAUGGUAAUGAAAAGAUGCAAUUUGAUGAGGGUGUGAACAUAAUACACUGCUGCUUGAGUAUCAACUCCACAACUAUAUACACUUAUGACAAUCCUAAUAUUUUGCACAGGGCGAACUUGAACUAUGUGGAGGCCAUUACGCAGAACUUGGGGGAAAUUAAUGAGGUGCAGGAGGACCGUAUGGAUCACAUAAACCUGAACCAGAGUAUAAGGAUCAACAAGAAAAACAUCAACCUGAUGAUAUACUACAAGAAGAACAUUAUGGAGAACAACGAUUUAAUAACGAUCGUCAUACUAUGCGGCGAUAAACUUAUGAGUAGUUUUGUGCAUAAUUUGUUAGAAAAGCUUAUGAACGAGUACGUGAACGAGUACUACACGAAUAAUAGGAGGUUUGAGUUCAAGCUUCGAAUUAAGGAAAUCAUCAACCAAGAAGAGGGGCAUCUGAUCAGAUUGGUGGAGAAUUAUGGCUCUGUCGAAGGGGAGAUUGCCCAAGUGCGAGAGUUGAUGAACGAGAAUAUCGACAAGAUCUUACAGCGAGGUGAGAACCUCGAUACGUUGAUCAGCAAGACGUCGAACUUGAACACGAGUUCCAGCUCGUUCAGAAGGCGAACCACGAGCGUGAAGCGGAAGAUGAUAUGGUCGAACGUGAAGUUUGUGGUGAUUGUUACGCUGAUUGCGCUACUGGUGGGGUACAUUCUGUUGGGGCUCGAGUGCGGGCUACCGUUCUACAGCAAGUGCCUACACCCGAAGAAGCCAAGCCAGCCGUCGGUGGAUGCCUAG